AUGUUGUUUUUGGUUUUUCUAGUGUCCUUGGUUCAAACACAAGCAUUCAAAGCCUGGGUCAUUACAGACACACACUUUGAUAAAGAUUACUCGGUUGGGUCUUACUCGUAUUGCCCACAGAUGGAUUGUUGCCACUCAAACAGUCAACCCAGCAAGAAUCAAAAAAUCGAAACAUCAGGCCCUUGUGGACAUUAUAACUGUUACCCUCCUUUGAAUGUCUCGCAAACUGCUUUUGACUAUAUUUAUGCACAUAAAGACGAAUCACAAUUGGUCUUUUGGAUGAUGGACACAUUACCGUGUACUGAGCUCCAACAAACAAAAGAAAAAAACGUCUAUCAUAUCCAGACACAAGCCCAAGAAAUUCAAAAGAGGCUACCUGGGUUCAAAGUGUUUCCAACACCAGGAAAUCAUGACUAUUUCACCCACAGUAAUUGGGACUAUCCACCAACAAGUGAAUGGAUGUUAAAUAUCAUGGCCGAUCUGUUUGAGCCUUGGCUCUCCGAGAGAUCUCUCGAAAUGUUUAGAAAGGGUGGAUAUUAUAGUGAGUUGAUAGAAUCAAAUAUCCGACUUGUCUCAAUGAACUUUGCGUAUAUGGAUAUGUACGGAGUACAUUGUGGAGACUAUGCCACAAACGACCCAGCUGGAAUGGUGCAGUGGUUCAACCAAACAUUGCAACUUGCACAAAAAGCAAAUGAAAAGAUCGUUAUAAUAACACAUGAGUGCAUUGGUCUUAAAAACACUGGUAUUGUUGAUUUGGCGCCAAAGUUCAAUGCGGACUUCGAUGAGUUAAUGCAGAGUUACAGCGAUGUCAUUAUUACUCAUUUGUGUGGGCACUCUCAUUACGAUUCGUUUAAAAUAUACCCAACCUACGAUACUGCCCAUUAUCAUUGCAUCGUUAAUCCAGCCAUGACCACAAAACUUUCCUUGGACCCACGUUUCAGAUUAAUGGAAUUCAGUGACAAGAGUGUAGUUGGGUGGAAGCAAUACGUUUUGGACAUCGAGAAAUGCAAUGUGGAGAACAAACUUGACUGGAAAUUUGAGUACGAGACACAGAGUGAAUAUGGUGUAACUGGAUGGGAUACACAGAACAUCAAGACGUUCUUAACUAAUUUGGAAAGAAAUGAAACACUCUUUAAUAUAUGGAAAAUGCAUUUUGGAGAACAUGGAGGUCAUGUCUUCAAUGGAAAUCUUAAAAAGGACUUUUUGUGUUCAUCCAUUGCACUUACAGAACAAACUUUCAUCGACUGUCUCAGUAAUUAUCCACUCAAGAAAUAA